AUGAGUAAGCUCCAGUCUCUGGCACCCAGGGGAUCCUUAGGACUCCCAGAGAGCAGAGGCUCCCAGAGCUCCCCGGAGGAGGCUCGGCACAGCCUGGGUGUCCUCCAUGCCUCCUACAGCGUCAGCAAUCGCGCCGGGCCCUGGUGGGACCUCAAAUCUGGCUGGGAGCAGAGGAACAGGCAGAUCCUCAAAGACGUGUCCUUGUACGUUGAGAGCGGGCAGAUCAUGUGCAUUCUAGGGAGCUCAGGCUCUGGGAAGACCACGCUGCUGGAUGCCAUGUCAGGGAGGCUGAGGCGCAAGGGGACCUUACUCGGGGAUGUGUAUGUGAAUGGCCAGCCACUGCGCCGAGAGCAGUUCCAGGACUGCUUCUCCUACGUCCUGCAGAGCGACACGCUGCUGAGCAGCCUGACUGUGCGUGAGACGCUGCACUACACCGCGCUGCUGGCCAUCCGCCGCGGCCCCCCGGGCUUUCUCCAGAAGAAGGUGGAGGCGGUCAUGGCAGAGCUGAGUCUGAGCCACGUGGCCGAACGACUGAUUGGCAACUACAAUCAGGGGGGCAUUUCCAGUGGCGAGCGGCGCCGGGUCUCCAUCGCAGCCCAGCUCCUCCAGGACCCCAAGAUCAUGCUGUUUGAUGAGCCGACCACCGGCCUGGACUGCAUGACUGCAAAUCAGAUAGUUGCCCUGCUGGCAGAGCUGGCUCGCAGGAAUCGCAUCGUGGUGCUCACCAUCCACCAGCCCCGCUCCGAGCUCUUCCAGCUCUUUGAUAGGAUCGCCGUCCUGAGCUUCGGAGAGUUGGUUUUCUGUGGUACGCCAGGGGAAAUGCUUGAUUUCUUCAACGGCUGCGGUUACCCUUGUCCUGAACACUCAAACCCUUUUGACUUCUGUAUGGACCUGACAUCAGUGGAUACCCAAAGCAAAGAACGGGAAAUAGAAACCUACAGGAGAGUCCAGAUGAUUGAAUCUGCCUACAAAAAAUCAGCCAUUUAUCACAAAACUUUGGAGAACAUUGAAAGAACAAAACACCUGAAAACAUUACCAAUGAUUCCUUUCAAACACAAAGAUUCUCCUGGCGUGUUCUCUAAACUGGGUGUUCUCUUGAGGAGAGUGACGAGAAACUUACUGAGAAAUAAGUUGGCAGUGAUGAUGCGUCUCCUUCAGAAUCUGGUCAUGGGUUUAUUCCUCAUUUUCUUUGUCCUACGAGUCCAGAAUGAUGUGCUCAAGGGUGCUAUACAGGAUCGCGUGGGUAUCCUGUACCAGUUCGUGGGUGCCACUCCGUACACAGGCAUGCUCAAUGCUGUGAAUCUGUUCCCUGUGCUGCGAGCUGUCAGCGACCAGGAGAGUCAGGACGGCCUGUACCACAAGUGGCAGAUGCUGCUGGCCUAUGUGCUGCACGUCCUCCCCUUCAGCAUUGUUGCCACCGUGCUUUUCAGCAGCGUGUGCUACUGGACUCUGAACUUGUAUCCCGAGGUUGCACGAUUUGGAUAUUUCUCUGCUGCUCUCUUGGCCCCCCACUUAAUUGGUGAAUUUCUAACUCUCGUGUUACUUGGUAUAGUCCAAAACCCAAAUAUAGCCAACAGUGUUGUGGCUCUGCUGUCCAUCGCUGGGGUGCUUAUUGGAUCUGGAUUUGUCAGAAACAUACAAGAAAUGCCUAUUCCUUUUAAAGUCAUUGGUUAUUUUACCUUCCAAAAAUAUUGCAGCGAGAUUCUUGUAGUCAAUGAGUUCUAUGGACAGAAUUUCACUUGUGGGAGCUCAAAUGAUUCUGUGACACCGCAUCCAAUGUGUGCUUCUACUCAAGGAAUUCAAUUCAUUGAGAAAACCUGCCCAGGCGCCACAUCCAGAUUCACAACAAACUUUCUGGCUUUAUAUGCAUUUAUUCCAGUUCUUGUCAGCCUAGGAAUAGUUGUUUUUAAAAUAAGGGAUCAUUUCAUUAGUAGAUAGUGAAAAUAUUUGCUGGGAAAAUGGAAUUUAAGCUGCUGGAUGUAUACGACUGCUUUGAACAUCUGAAAUAGGAAUGCCAUAUAUUUCUUUCUUGAUAGGACAUCUCUAGUCUUUUAACCAUCGAGAUGCCUUUUGUGUCCCUUAGAUCUUGAAUGCAAUGGGAAGCGUUCAUAGCACCUAGCUAUUUCAAUUUGCAGGGAUAUGUGGUAUUUGAAAAUUGUGACUGAACUGGUCCAAGAAUGUAAAUAAUCACUCAUAAAUCUAUGGAAAACCAGGA